AGAAUUUUCCGAUGAAGAUGUUUAUUAUCAUAAUCAAUCAUUGUGAAAAAAAAAAUCCGCCGCCGAAAAUGUGAUAUUAUGGUGUAAAUGAAAUGUAUGAUAGAUUUUUAUAGAUUUUAGUCGAACAUUAUUAUAAUAUAAGUAUCCGAAAUGAAGAGAUCAAAAAUUGAAUUAGGAGAUAUCACACCGCACAAUAUCAAACAAUUGAAACGACUCAACACCGUCGUAUUUCCUGUUUCGUAUAAUGAAAAAUUUUAUAAAGAUGUACUAGAAGCUGGCGAACUGGCCAAAUUAGCGUAUUAUAAUGAUAUUGUAGUCGGUGCGGUAUGCUGUCGUAUCGAUUUAGAGCAAGGAAGACGACUCUAUAUCAUGACUUUGGGCUGUUUAUAUCCAUACAGACGUCUCGGUAUUGGCACCAUGAUGGUUCAGCAUGUCUUGAAUUACGUUGAAAAAGAUGGAAACUUCGACAGCAUUUACUUACACGUGCAAUUAAAUAACGACGGCGCUAUUGAAUUUUACAAAAAAUUCGGAUUCGAAAUCGUCGAAACGAAAGAACAUUAUUAUAAGAGAAUCGAACCAGCUGAUGCGUACGUUUUAGAAAAAGUUCUCAAGCCGAAGAAAACGUAAACAAUGAAAAAUGAAUAUAUUAGAGCCAACAAAAAAGUACAAAAUGUAACAUUGAAAAAAAUAAUAGUAAUAAUAAAGUAAACUUUAAAUUUUUCGCUUUGAUAUGACUACUACCCAAGAAGUAACGAUACUAAUUGUGUAUAGCUGAGUGAAUUCGUAUACGAAAGUAGUGUAGUAUAAGGUGUAGUGUAUAUAAUUAUUGUAAUUCUGAUGAAACUUUGGAAAUCAUUUCAUUAUUUCAAAUAAAUUAUUUGCGAUUGCGAAGUCGAAAAUAAAUAAACUGAUAAACUGACGGCAUUGACACGAAUUAUUCAUUUUAAAAUUUUAUUAUUUUAUUUAUUUUUAUUAAAAAAAAAAAAAAAAAAAACUGGUAGCGACAACGAUAACGAAAAACUUGGAAGGGUACAAGGAAGGAUAAUAUCAUUCAUUCGUUCGUCGUUCAUGGGUAACGUAGGUAACACCUUCGCGUAAAUAAAUCAAAAGGUCUUUGGAUUAUGUUAUCACUGUUAUCAGUUUUUAAAUUGUUAUCGCUGUAUUUCAUUUCAUUUUUCAUUAAAAUUGUGACGAAUUAUUUCGAUUAUUAUUGUAUACUUUAAUGAACAGUUGUAUUUUUACUAAAAUGGUUACAGUGGAAGUUAAAAUUAUAAAGUGUCAAAAGUUGCCUUAUAAUCAUACAGUGAUGGACUCACUAUUCAAUAUUGCUCCCAAGACGCCUCCGAAAAGAAGUCAUUCGUUGAAGAUAAAACGUCAUUGCAACGAUCAACGUUUCAAGAUGCCUCGUGGGUUAAUGCUUUUCGUGGAGGAAGCAAGAAGUUUAAGUCAAGAUUAUGCCCUGGAAUGUUUAUCACUGGGAAACCUAUUUCGUGAAGGAACAUUACGACUUGAAGAAGUUAUAAUAUCAGUAUCAAAGAUGUUUCAUCGCCGUCCCGAUCUGAUUUUAAAAUCAAAAUGGAUUCUCCCUCCCGGCUACAAAAUUAUGUUCGCUACUGGAUCUCAACCAGAAUAUUUUAAGAUAGAUGUUUAUAUCAACGAAGAGGUAUAUUCUAUUGAUAAGAACUGAGCUAUGUAAAAACCCAAUAUUGCUUUAAUUUACCUGUUGUAACGUGAAAAAAUAAACGUUUACUCUCGCCAAA